AUGCGCGACAACGACGUCGAACUGAUACUUAUCGACGUGAUUGAGGACGAUACGAUACAGGAAGAGCGACCAUCACAGGAAGAAACUGCAAGUACAGAAGAAGACAUCCCGCCACUUGAGUAUGCGAGAUACUACGGCCUCACCAACGACUAUCAGGCAGAACAGCCGCUUGAUCCAGCAUGCCCUCCGAGUCCAACCAUAUUCAUUUUCGGAGAUGUGGAUUGUGAAGAUGCCUGGACUUCAGAGCUGCUUCAGGAAUUCUCAACACGGGAAUGCCUGACGAUAGACAAGGACACAGCCGCCUUGCUCCGCGAUGUGCUCACUGCGCCUCAGAUGACUGAGGAUGUAGGAGCUGAGGCAAAACGGUCCAGGAUCAGUGAUCUGAGGCAAGAGCUUCCCAUCCUCAGAAGCGACACUGAGUGGGACUUGCGACACUUCGGAACGAUUGAUUCCGCCGACCUCAGCCGGAUCAAGCUGCCAUGGGAAGAAAUCGAUGAUGAAGAAGACGAGGGCUUGUCAUGGCCCAAGAAGCAUCUCAACUUGCCCGCUCAGUUUGACGCGCGUGCCAAUGCUGAAAGAUUGGAAGUUCCUGCAGAUACGCUUCCCUUCCUACAGGCGGCCCUGAGUGAUCCAUACGCCCCAGCAGAUGAGUCGGACCUGAUAGCAGAAGAAAUCAGGUAUCAGCGAAACCUGGCACUGGAGCCAAUCACGCCGCCAUUGCUCCCGCUCACUCCUCCGCACACUCCAUUCGUUCCUUCGUCUCCAACAGGCCGCCUCGAACUCUUCUCUGACCGCACUGACCCUACAGUAGCUGAGCUGCAGACACUAGAAGACGCAAUGAAGAAGCAGGACGCCAUACUUCCGCACCACGGGAUGAAAGAAGGCGCAGAGGACCCGAUGCUCAUCGAGUCGGACGAGAUAGGCCAUGUGUACAGUCCUCUUCGAUUAAUCGCCGAGCCGCCCUCUUCGUCUCCCCUCAAGCGGAAGUUCGCAGAUCUCAGAGUGGAAGGACCGUUGACGCCACCCACGACGUUACCAUCUCCGGCCAAGAAGGCAAAAUCGGUGUCCUUUUCUGAGAUGCUGCACGAAUGCAUCCCGGACCUACCGACGACUUACGCUGCGGAAGCCAACGAGCCAGACUCGCCUGGUAGCUUCGAAGCUUUCUUCAACGAAGUGAUUGAGCCUAUCGCAGGAAAAGCCAACAGGAAGCUCGAACAGGAGCAGCUGCAGGAGGUAGAUACAACUAAGCGGGUCGACAUACCAGUCAUGGACUUCUCCUUACCGAAGGCGCCCUGGCUGGAGUAUGCCCGACAGUUGCAUGGCAAACAUCGAGACAGCGAAUCAGAGCUGGAUGCGCAAAAGAAGUUGCUCGCGCGCGUCAAGCGUGAGGACUUGCAGCUCAUGCAGCCCUGGCACGGGAUCCCAAAAAUUGAGAGAGCGCUUCCCUGGAGUCCGUUUCCAGCACAGCUUGGUAAGGUGGCGUUGGAUGAAAAGAUGGAUGACGAUGGAGCGCUUAGCCGGCUCCUUAGCGGAGUCAACCUGGAUGGAGAGAUGGUGGAAAGCGACAUGCUUAUCUGGAAGCCGGAGGGGCUUAUGAUCCUCAAAGACGCAGACGACAGUGACUAUGAGCUUGAACCGGCAGUCUCUGAGGAGGCAGGAGAUACGCAGGCGCUGAUCAAGAAACGAAGAUUUGAAAUGGAUGAAGCGGCGGAGGUGCUUGAUCCAAGGACUGAUAGCAGGGACAAGCCGCCAGCUAGCGAGAGUCUCACGCAACGUGCAACUGAUGCACCUACUCCUGGACUAAGAUCCGGAAAGGCUACAGUCGACAAAACCUUAGCACCUGCUGGGGCUAGCCAGAAACCGGAUAACGGCCUUUUAUUUGGAGGCUUCUCUGCCUCGACCGCGCUUUCCAAUUUCAUAGAAAUUCACAGCGCAGUCGCCAAGAAACCCAAAGUCACGCAUGACAUACCCAGUCGACCGAAAUCUGGACCUAAACAUGAGAUUCAGCCAAGAAAAGCCGCUUCGGCAGCCUCUGUUAUUAUCCCACGUCCUGAUCCAUUACAGCGGCCAGGGACACCUGUUCCUCCGCUCCCGUCACCAGCAACUCCUACUAACCUGCUGCCAUGUCACUUUGUCAUUUCCACGACUCUCAUAAAACAGCGCUAUCUUCUCCGACACAUUCAGGAGCUCUAUCCCACAGCCAUACUCAUCGAGCGUGACUUCGGCACUCAGUCUGUCGGAAACGCCCCGCUAGCUGAAGCCGAUCUGCUCUGCUCUCCGGCUACCGCAAUCCUUGUGACCACGCUCCAGAAAGCCAAACAGCGUGCUUUGCCGGGUCAAUCGGUUCAAGGUACUGGUGGGCUCCGAGCAAGGAUCGCACACGUCUCUGAAAGAUACGAACGGGUGCUGGUCCUGAUUAGCGAAGAUGCGGGCAAGCCCGAGACAACAGCUGACAAGCGGGCGGGAGCAAAAGAAUUGCGUGCACUCGAUGAGCGAGACUGUGAGGCUUUGGCUUCAUUGACUGCGUUUGCGGCUGCCUUGAGCGGCGACGUGUCGGUGCUGUACGUGGCGGGCGGAGAAGAGGAACUGGCAAGGUGGACCACGGGUGUCAUGGCACGGUUCGGAGUGCCUGGCCUGAAGUUGCUGCAGGAGGAGACUCUGUGGGAGCUGUUUCUCCGACGCGCAGGCUUAAACGCCUUUGCAGCCCAAGUCAUCCUUGCAGAGCUGAAGAAGCCAGCAUCAACACCGCCUCCUGAAGCGCAGAGCUCUAGUGCAGAACCCGCGCCAUCCAACAGUGAUGCCGAUUUCGGUGUUGCAGCGUUCGUCAAGAUGGCCACAGAUGAACGGAUGCGGCGUUUCGAACCGCUGCUUGGUGGUAGAAGAAUGCUGCGUCGAGUAAGCGGUGCUCUUUGA